AUGGAAGGCGUGAAUGUGUUCCGGCUGACGGAGAAGCGCUUCCAAGGGAAGACGGGCAGCGGGGAGGGCCAACAGAAGCGAAGGCGAAAACAGAAGGAGGCGCAGCCGACAGAGGAGCCGACUUUACCCUGGGAGGAAGUGAUCGAUUUUCAUAAUUUGGAAGCAAACAGCCACUCAAAUCGGAGCCUCAUCAUCGAGCAAGAUGUGCAUCCUGAUGCCGACAACUUGGCUCCACGAAUGACAAAAAUCUACACUCUUGCUGAUGCGCCAGGCUUUGCCUUCAUUCCAAACCCCUUCACAUUUGAUGAGCAACUGCACUGGGCCGACAGAUGCGUGAGAGAGUACUCGGCCUCGGGCGUCGACGUGGAGCUCAAGACCAUCAACCUGGAGAACGGCGCCAACGAUCUCCGACUGGUGGUCGAUUUCCUCGUGCACCAACUCGAAUCGGGCAAGGACUUUGGUCACAUCCAAGCCUACAUCAACAUCGUUCUCAAGGCGCACGGUGAGGUGAUGGUGGAGCAAGAGCAUCUGCAGAACGACCUCAAGCGCCUGCGGGAAGCCCAGCGGCAGUCGUGGGCGCGGUUGGAGAGCCUGUUCCACCACAACCUGUGCCUCGUCGCCUACUUCCAGAACAUCCAGACAUGA